CCACGACCUUCAUAAAACCAUCCUUGACACCAAACGAUUAGCUGGGACCGAGAGCUCAGUGACGUCAUACAACCACCUCCACCUAAGCUCUAGUUUCAAGAUGGCCCUCAGGUGAAAAGCAACAGGAGACAGAACUCCCUUGUCGCCGUUCUCUGGCUUAGAUCAGCACAGACAGAAAUACUCAGCAUGUGAAGAUGUACACUUGAAGUUGAAGAACAGCAUACUACAACCUCAUCAACAGGGAUUCUGCCCAAAAGUCUUUCUUUCUUGACUUCCUGACGUCCAACAGUUGUGAACAUGGGUGCUGUGGUCAUCAAAGCAGACAAUAUGCCGCCUGAGUUUAUGUCCGGCAGUCGUCCCAAUGGCUUCUACGCAGGUCGCUCGGCCACACCUCGAGCCGGCACGUCAGCUUCAAACCAGCGCCCUGGCAGCAGGAGCAGGGAGGAUGUCACGGCAGGGAGAUGUGAAAACUGUACACUAAACUUCACUACAACUAGGAAAAAGCACAAAUGUUUCCAGUGUCACAGCCUCUACUGUGACAACUGCCUGCUCAAUGAGGCUGACAGAACGCGGGACCGCCGGCGGUGCAACCGCUGCCGUGUCUUCUCCCUCAACCCGAUGGAGCGCAGCGAGCUCCGACGCCUACGAGUGAAGGAUCUACGCCAGUUCUUGACCACAAAGCACAUUCCGUCGGACAUGUGUACAGAGAAGGACGAGCUGGUAGAGUUGAUCAUGAGACAUUCGGCCAAUGAGACGACGAGAAGAACAGCGGAGGAACAGCGAGAACAGGCUGAGGCACGCAGAAGAGCUGCCGAGGACAGCACAGCUGGUGACAACAGCAACUUCAGCUCCUCCACAUUCUCCUCUCACACAUCGACUACAUACACAUCAGCAACCUCCGGGGCAGAGGAGCAGCUCACAGACACCUUACGGCGGCUACGGGAUGAAAUGGCUCGACACGUGUUUUCAGAGAGAGAAGACAGCGAACCAAGUAGUACUACAAGUACUUCAAAUGAGGAAGCUCCGCCCAGUCAGCCAAAGAGACGUACUUCUCUAACGGACCUCAGUAGUGUAGACGAGGUGGAGGAUCUGACAGUCAGACAGCUGAAGGAAAUCCUGUCAGCGAACUUUGUAGACUACAAAGGCUGUGUGGAGAAGGAAGAGCUGGUGGAGAGGGUGAGGAGACUGUACAAGUCCAGACAGAACAUCCCCACGGACUCCACAGAGGGUGAGGGAAUGGAUGGAGAUAGUUCUGUCCCUGAAGACAGCCUGUGUAAAAUCUGCAUGGAUGCUGCCAUAGACUGCGUACUCCUGGAGUGCGGACACAUGGUCACCUGUACCAAAUGCGGACGACAGAUGAACGAAUGUCCCAUCUGUCGCCAGUACGUGGUCCGAGCUGUUCACGUCUUCAAGUCAUGACCUCCAAGAUGUUUGACCUUGAACUAUGGUGUAUUCAUGCAAACUUUACGGAAUCAAUACAAGUUUUCUAGAAUGCGUACAAAUUUAAUGGAAUUCAUGCGCUACAAAACAUACAAAUUUUAUGGAAAUCGUAUGAUUCACAAAUUUUAUGGAAUAUAUACAAUCCUUACUACUCAUAGUAUUGUGUAAGUCUUGUAUGAAAUCCUUAAAAUUUGUAUGUUUCUUAGAAAUAUACAGAUUUUAUAGAAAUCAUAUGAUUCACUAGUAAGAAACAUACAUAUGGAAUUUAUACGAUCCUUACUAAUAGUAUUGUUCGACAUACAUAUAAGUCUUGUAUGAAUUCCAUACGAUUAGUAUGUUUUUUAGUAAUGGAUUGCACUUUGUAUGAAUUCUGUAAAAAAAUUUGCAUGAAUACUUCGGCACCCCUGUUGAAAAGGAUGGUCUCCUGCCAUGUUUCACUUCCAGCUUGCAGUGUUGCACUGAAUCUGUUAGAAACUAUAAUGAUGGUGGGAAUUCUUUGAACAAUCAUGUCACAGGGUAAGAAUCACAACUCUAACCUUGUAAAUUGUAUCUAUAUGUAAUAUGAGCUUUGUAACUGUAAGUUUUUUCCUUGUGUAUGUUGUUAAGUGUCAAAAUGAUAUUCAGAGGAAUUGAUGAAAAUAAAUUCCUGUACUCAAACACCACAAGUUUUUGCAAAUGUAAAAUUUAACUAUUUAUAGGCGAAUACGUGUAAUGUCACUACACUUGAUGUGUAAGGAAGGAAGUUUCCUUUUACAUUUGUAUCAAACAAUUGGUUUUCUCUUAUUUUUCUUUUGCAAAUUCUAAACUCUCUCUCUAUAUAUAUAUGCAAAUGAAGUUUCAAUGCUACUAGCAAUUAGAUUUUAAUGUAGCCUAGAUGGCAACAGCUAUUAUCUUAAGUGUGUAAGAGUAAGAAAAGAAUUAAUUCCAAAGAACUUUCACAGAUACCCUUCAUUGAUAUCUGCUUCCCUGCUGUUGUUGCCAUAGCAAUGAUCUAUCAGCCACAUGAUUGGUCAAACCUAGGUGUGGUCUGAUUGGAUGGUGGUGAUUCAAAUUAUGCUGCAAACAUGUUUGUGCCUUGAUGAAAAAAAAACCCUGUAUGAUGUAGUGUAUGCUAGCACUAUGGUGAUUUGUACAGUGUGUUUUAGACUAUGUUCUGUCUCCAAAGACAUGGUUUUUGAUGUAUUUUAGCUUGCAAGUGUAAAGUUACAGAAUGUAUAGAAGCUAACAGUUUAUCCAAUCAGGAGAUAUUUGAUGGACUUUAAAGCCAAAGUUCAAAAUUCUGUCUGAAGCCUGUAUGCCACUGUAAAUUAACAGCACUAUAUAUAUAUUAAAGUGAGAAUCUUACUGUUUACCUGCAACCAUGCCAGAUUGCACCAAAAAAUUGUGUCAACUGUGUGAAAUAACCUUGCGGUCACACUGAUGUGUGGCUUUGCUUUCAGUACCUGCAACGAAUAUGCAAAUUUGAGCAGGGUAGUCAUCCUACUUUUUGUUACAUGUUGUACUCCUUUGCUACAAAUGUACCUCUGUAGGUCACAUGCUUAACAGUCAUGUGCUUGUUACUGGUGCUGUGCGUAUUUUGGUUGACUUUGUGAACUGACCAGAGGAGCUUGAUUUCUUGCCCUUAAUACUAAUUGUUGUGCCUUGUUCUUGUGUCGUACCUUGUACAUGAUUAAUGGUGGGUCUCUAAUUAUGAUGGUUUGAAAUGUUUCAAGUGUUACAUAAAGAA